GGCGAGAAGGCCAAAGAGGAGGACAGCUUGGUGCAGGCUGCAGGAAGGGGUGACCUGAACAAGGUGAAGGAGUUCUUGGAGGGGGGCUACGAUCCCAAUGAGUUGGAGAGUGGUAAAGAGACUUCCCGGUUCGUCCCAGAGCCUUCAAAUCUGCUCAGCAAAAGCCCGGGAACCAGAGCCCUCAUUGCAGCGGCCGUCUCGGGGCACAGCCAUGUUGCUUGGGAGCUGCUGCAGCACAGAGCCGAUGUAGAUGCCACCGAUUCCGAUGGACUCACAGCGCUCUCGGCGGCUUCCUGCUCGACGGCUUGCGACAUCCACAUGUGGUUCCUUCUGCAUCAUGCAGAGGAUGAGAAGCGAAAGCAGCAUGUGCAGCGUUCGGACACUCCAGCAGCCAGCCGGGCAGAUGAGAAGCGGACCUUGCGCAUGCUCGUUACACUGCUGCGUGGAGAAGGGCAGAAUUUCACAGAAAUGGUUGGUGGCUUGCUGAAAGAGGUUGAACCGGGAAAAUUCCGCUCUGAGAGAUUGAGGGAACGCGUGCGCACAGUCCUUUGCGACUAUGCAUGGGACACGCAGGAGGUGAAGCGUUAUCUUAAAGCUGAUCGGAAGUCCAGGUCUGUCUUUCAAGAGAAUCGCCCCAACAAGCCCGAAGAUGUCGAUGCAUUCAACCUGAGCUGGCACAAUAUGCUCUAUGCCCCGGAAGUACAAGUGUCCUUGCGAAGCCUACCCAUCGCGGCACCUCUGGCAUGCAAGCCGUCGGUGCUUGCGGCACUGGCAGAGACCGCUAACGAGGAGACCCUACAAACAGACACCGUGGAAGCCAUCACCGCGGCGGCGUGGCUUCAGAUGCGAGUGGCCACUGCCGUCGACAAUUUCCUGAACUGCGUGGCUUUGGGGUGUUUGUGUUUGGUAACUUGGGCAUGUCGCUACGAAGGUAUGGAUGCUCAGCCUGCACUGUGGGUCCUGGCACUCAUACAGUUCAAAGAGGCUGCGGAAUUGCUCUCGCAGCUUGGUUUCUACUGCUGGAGCCGUCUGUCCCGCAGACGCAAGGAGGGGGCUGACCUGCAGAACGCGCAUGAGGAUCGCGUGAAUGGAAAGAAAAUGAAGCUGCUGGGU